AUGGACGAGCAGGCGGGUCCCGGUGUCUUCUUCAGCAACAACCACCCGGGCGCCGGCGGUGCCAAGGGUCUCGGGCCUCUGGCGGAGGCUGCCGCGGCCGGCGACGGGGCGGCUGCGGCGGGGGCGGCGCGAGCCCAAUACAGCCUCCCUGGGAUCCUGCACUUCCUGCAGCAUGAGUGGGCCCGCUUCGAGGUUGAGAGAGCCCAGUGGGAGGUAGAGCGGGCGGAGCUGCAGGCCCAGAUUGCUUUCCUUCAGGGGGAAAGAAAGGGUCAAGAAAUUUUGAAGAAAGAUCUUGUGAGGAGGAUCAAAAUGCUGGAGUACGCUCUUAAACAGGAAAGAGCCAAAUAUCACAAGUUGAAAUAUGGAACAGAAUUGAAUCAGGGAGAUAUGAAGCCACCAAGCUAUGAUUCUGAUGAAGGUAAUGAAACAGAGGUACAGCCACAGCAAAACAGCCAGUUAAUGUGGAAACAAGGUCGACAACUACUCAGACAGUAUCUACAGGAGGUGGGUUACACUGAUACCAUUCUAGAUGUGAAAUCUAAACGAGUGCGAGCUUUGUUGGGCUUUUCAAGUGAUGUCACUGACAGGGAAGAUGACAAAAAUCAGGAUUCAGUUAUAAAUGGCACAGAGGCCGAAGUUAAAGAGACGGCAAUGAUUGGAAAAUCCGAGUUAACAGAUUCUGCCUCCGUGCUGGAUAAUUUCAAAUUCCUUGAAAGUGCAGCUGCAGAUUUCAGUGAUGAAGAUGAAGAUGAUGACAUUGAUGGAAGAGAGAAAAGCAUCAUUGAUACUUCAACGAUUGUUAGGAAAAAAGCAUUGCCUGAUAGCAGUGAAGAUCGAGAUACAAAAGAAGCUCUAAAGGAGUUUGACUUCUUGGUUACAUCAGAGGAAGGAGACAAUGAGUCUAGAAGUGCGGGUGAUGGAACAGAAUGGGAAAAGGAAGACCAGUGUCUCAUGCCUGAAGCCUGGAAUGUGGACCAGGGAGUAAUUACCAAACUCAAGGAACAAUACAAAAAGGAGAGAAAGGGGAAAAAGGGGGUGAAGAGAAAAACUACCGAAGAUCUGUUUCAGCCUCUAUCCUAUAUAAAACAGUCAAAACAGGGAUGUGGGAGAAUGAAGAACCAAAGCUCAGGGCCCAAUAGGUCAAAACUACAAGAUAUGCUUGCUAAUUUGAGAGAUGUUGAUGAACUUCCCUCAUUGCAGCCAUCUGUGGGUUCACCUUCCAGACCCCCCAGCUCCAGGCUUCCUGAACACGAAAUAAAUAGGGCGGAUGAAGUGGAAGCAUUGACCUUUCCUCCUUCUUCUGGGAAAUCCUUCAUCAUGGGAGCAGAUGAAGCCCUUGAAAAUGAACUGGGACUUGGAGAAUUGGCGGGCCUUACAGUGGCCAAUGAAGCAGAUUCGCUAACUUACGAUAUAGCAAACAAUAAAGAUGCAUUGAGGAAGACAUGGAACCCUAAGUUUACGUUACGAAGUCACUUUGAUGGCAUUCGAGCCCUUGCUUUCCACCCCAUUGAGCCUGUUUUGAUAACAGCAUCAGAGGAUCACACAUUAAAAAUGUGGAAUUUGCAAAAAACAGCCCCAGCCAAAAAGAGUACUUCUCUUGAUGUGGAGCCUAUCUAUACAUUUAGGGCUCAUAAAGGUCCAGUGCUUUGUGUGGUAAUGAGCAGCAAUGGUGAGCAGUGUUACAGUGGUGGUACUGACGGACUGAUCCAGGGCUGGAAUACCACCAACCCCAACAUCGAUCCCUAUGACUCCUAUGAUCCUUCUGUUUUAAGAGGCCCUCUUCUAGGCCACACCGAUGCCGUCUGGGGCUUGGCUUACAGUGCAGCACAUCAGCGCUUGUUGUCAUGUUCAGCAGAUGGCACUCUCCGUUUAUGGAAUACAACUGAGGUUGCUCCAGCCCUAAGUGUAUUUAACGAUAAUCAAGAGUUGGGAAUCCCUGCCUCUGUGGAUCUAGUGAGCAGUGAUCCGAGCCAUAUGGUAGCAUCAUUCAGCAAAGGUUAUACAAGCAUCUUUAACAUGGAAACACAGCAGCGCAUUCUCACUCUAGAAUCUAACCUAGACUCAACCAACUCUUCCUGCCAAAUAAAUAGAGUCAUCAGCCAUCCCACUCUUCCCAUUAGCAUCACUGCUCAUGAAGACAGGCACAUCAAAUUCUACGAUAACAAUACAGGCAAACUCAUCCACUCCAUGGUAGCCCACCUAGAAGCUGUUACAAGUCUAGCAGUUGAUCCUAAUGGCUUGUACUUGAUGUCGGGCAGUCAUGACUGUUCAAUACGUUUAUGGAACCUAGAAAGUAAGACGUGUAUCCAAGAGUUCACAGCUCAUCGGAAAAAAUUUGAAGAAUCAAUUCAUGAUGUAGCUUUCCACCCAUCCAAAUGCUAUAUAGCCAGUGCUGGGGCUGAUGCACUGGCUAAAGUCUUUGUAUGACACAAUGCAUCAUCUUCACCUUCUAGCUCUUUAUAAAUAAUCAACUGCACAAAAAGAGAUACAGAAGACCAGGGCAAGAAUCAGCCUGUCUUGCCCUUUUGUUCUGCUGAAGGAGCACAGAGAACAUUUGUUAAAGUAUAGUUUUGCAAUUCGUAUACUGUUUUCUAAAACUAAGGUUUGUUCCGGUUGCUGCAAGCUCAGCUGAAUCUAUGAGCCUGAAAACUGUUUCAAAUUUUCCCCCAAAUAGGAGCUUUUAUUUCUGAGGUGGUUCUAAUUCGCUAGGCAGACCUGAGCGAACGUAAGUUUAGCUUGUCCCUCUUGAGUAAGUAGGGCACGCUAUAAAGGAUAAUUAAAAAGCUUGAUGACUGGGAAUGAGUGGAGGAAGAACAGAAAUUUAGACCUAGUUCUCCCUUCUCCCCUGAGAAAUCUUGUUAAACACAUUAGGUAGUCAAAACAAUAAUCUUGACCAUAUCUGCUGUACUAACCCCUAAGUGCAUAAGGACCAGGCAGUGUUCAAAUGAGAUUUUAAUUUAGCUCUUCUUUCAUCUGUGCACAUAAAGCACCUGGCAAAGCAUUUUACCUGUUAAAGGAAAAAAAAAAUGCAAUAAUAUGUUAAAUAUAUUAUUAUUCAGAAAUACUAAACAAAUAUUUAGUUUGUAAGCAGAUUUCUAUAUUGUAUUACAUUUUUGAAAAUAGAUUUGGUAUCAUUGUAAAGUUUAGCUGCCAAAAUCAGUCAUUAUGAAUAGUUGGUAGAGUCUGCUUUUACUAAAGGAUUUAACUUAUUCAGGUUUGAGAUUCUGUUUAUUUUUAAGGGCAAGCAGGGCAUAUCUUUAUAAUAAUUUCUGUUAAUUUUAAAAAUUCACUUUAUUCAUGUGAUAUUUAUAAUACCAGAGUGGUUAUCUCAUAUUGAUGAAAUCUUACCUUUCAGUGGUUUGAAAAGACAGAAGUUAUCUGUGAGUACUCAUUUGUCAAAACCCACAUAUCAUGCUUCAGAUGACCUCUUGCUCUUUCUUUGUCUCUCAUAUUCAAAUUAUCUGACAUCUACUGAAAAGAGUUUAUAAUUAUUGUGUUUUAACAGCCUAGAGGGUUUGGUUAAUGUCAGGCAGCUGCUUUUGCAGUACUAAAUAAAGCCAACUGUUUGUACCCCAGAAGUCCUCCAUUGGUAUAUCCAAGGGGAAUCCCCCUGGAAAUCUAGAUGGAAGAGUUCAGUGCAUAACCAUAAGCUAAAGAGUUCUCUUUCUCUCUUCCUACCCCUACCCCUCCUCCAUUCUUUAAUUGGAAUACACAGCAUGUUUUAAUAGGCAGUGUAUCAGUGCUGUUUCUGGGGAAACAACUAUCCUAAAGAACCAGGCUUCCCAGAGCUCACCUCGCCCAUGACCCACAUGUGCAGCUCUUGGGAUUCCCAUGACCCCACUCUUUGGACUUGUUGUAUAGACCUUAUCCCUACAACUGUCUCACCUGUUUUUACAGUCUCUUGUUUGCCACAAAUGUCAGAGACCAAUGUAGAAAUUAGAAAUAAAUACUAAUGCCCGA